AUGCAGUGGUACUCAGCUGCACUUAUCCAGGCCAAGGUGCUUGUUCUCCACAAAACCCUUGUUGAGGAGAAUGUGACAUUCUGCCUUCUAAGCGAGACGAAACUAUCUUGUGCGAAAGUGUCGAGUUUCACAAUCGCUGGUUACCAACAUCAUGGAGUGUCCUACCCCUCUAAGGGAGGCGGUGUUUCGAUUAUUGUGCGUGAAGAUCUGCCAGUAGAAGUAGGACUCACCGUAGUUGCAAGCAUUGAGCAUGCUCAUGCAACGAUCCACAUGUCAGAAGGUCUGGCGCUCACAGUGACGUCAGCAUACUUCCCUCCGGGGAGAACAUACACAACUUCGCAACUUGACACGCUUUUGACGACAAGCGGACCUCACCUCAUUGGUGCAGAUGCUAAUGCGCAUGCAAUGGCAUGGGAUCGCGCGAUCUCCACUGAUACCCUUGGCGGUGUGCUAGUACAAUGGUGCCUAGAUAAUGACUACGUUAUAUUCAUAACACUGGAGAUUGCACUCACACACACCACACGCCAUGGCCCGUCCGCGCCAGAUGCGACAAUAUCCCGAGAAUGCCCUCUAGAGUCAUGGACGGCAUCCUUCUCCCCGGACAGCGGCCAUUACAUCAUCCUCUUCGAAGUAGCAGUAGGGGAUGAUAAUGAACCACUGCGGUUCCCUCGCCCUCGUGCGCCCAUUUAUGCAUGGAAGAAAACGAAAUGUUCUCGCUCUAGACAAAUGUCAAACGCCCAGUGCAAUAAAUGUCUCAAAGAGAAAAUGGGCGUUCACAAGAGAGAACGACUNCCCAUUUAUGCAUGGAAGAAAGCGAAAUGGUCUCGCUUUAGAGAAAUGACAAACACACAGUGCAACAAACGCCUUAAAGAGAAAAUAAGCAUUCGCAAGAGAGAACGACUACUGACCUCCGCCAUCCGUAUCGCAACAGCUGCGGCGGUUCCCCGCGGGGGUUGA